CCGCGGGAGGCCGGGCCGGAGCCGGAGCCGGACGCGCUUCCACCUGCAGCCCCGGGGCGGCCGCGCCGCGCCUGCCGCUUCCGUGCGGGGCCGAUGCGGGAGCGGAGGUGACCGGCGGCGACAUGGCGCUGUGGGGCCGCAUCGCCCUGGGCCUGCUGUGCGGCUGCCUCCUCCUGCCGCCGGGCCGCGGGGAGGGCGCCCCCGGCGGCUCCGACCUGGACGUCGCCACGCUGGAAGAGUUCUGCCGCAUUGACCAGCCCUUGUGCCACAACGAGGACGAGCAGCUCAGCUUCGAAGCCAUCCGCAGCAUCCACAAGCAGAUGGACGACGACGCGAACGGCAACGUGGACGUGGAGGAGAGCGACGAGUUCCUGAGGGAAGACUUGAAUUACCAUGACCCAACAAUCAAACAUAGCACUUUCCAUGGGGAGGAUAAGCUCAUUAGUGUUGAGGAUCUUUGGAAGGCCUGGAAGGCAUCUGAAGUGUACAACUGGACAGUCGAGGAGGUCGUGCAGUGGCUGAUCACCUACGUGGAGCUGCCCCAGUAUGAAGAAACCUUCCGGAAGCUGCAGCUCACGGGUCACGCCAUGCCCAGGUUGGCAAUCACCAACACCACCAUGACGGGGACGGUCCUGAAGAUGACGGACAGGAGCCACCGGCAGAAGCUGCAACUUAAAGCCCUGGAUACGGUGCUCUUUGGCCCGCCCCUCCUGACCCGUCAUAACCACUUGAAAGACUUCAUGCUGGUGGUGUCCAUUGUGAUUGGCGUGGGGGGCUGUUGGUUCGCUUACAUCCAGAACCGUUAUUCAAAAGAGCACAUGAAAAAGAUGAUGAAGGACCUAGAAGGUCUUCACAGAGCUGAGCAGAGUCUCCACGACCUCCAGGAAAGGCUGCAGAAGGCCCAGGAGGAGCACCGCACGGUGGAGGUGGAGAAGGUCUCCCUGGAGAAGCGGCUUCAGGAUGAGAUCAGCAUAGCCAAGCAGGAGGCUCAUCGGCUCCGGGAGCUGCGGGAAGGGACGGAGAAUGAGCUCAGCAGGCAGAAGUAUGCGGAGCAAGAGCUCGAGCAGGUCCGGAUGGCCCUCAGGAACGCCGAGAAGGAGCUGGAAUCCCACAGCAGCUGGGCGGCCCCCGAGGCUCUGCAGAAGUGGCUGCAGCUGACCCAUGAGGUGGAGGUGCAGUACUACAACGUGAAGAAGCAGAACGCGGAGAAGCAGCUGCUCCUGGCCAAAGAGGGAGCUGAAAAAAUUAAAAAGAAGCGUAACACCUUGUUUGGCACGUUCCAUGUGGCACACAGCUCGUCCUUGGAUGACGUGGAUCAUAAGAUCUUAACGGCCAAGCAGGCGCUGAGCGAGGUGACCGCGGCCUUGCGAGAGCGGCUUCACCGCUGGCAGCAGAUAGAGCUGCUCUGCGGCUUCCAGAUUGUCAGCAACCCAGGCAUCCACACACUGGUGACGGCCCUCAACAUCGACCCCAGCUGGAUGGGCGCCCCCGCGCGGCCCAACACCUCCCACUUCAUCAUGACCGAUGACGUGGACGACCUGGACGAAGAAAUCGUCUCUCCCAUGUCCAUGCAGUCUCCCGCCUUGCCGAGCAGCGUCGUUCGCCAGCGCCUGGUGGACCCCCAGCAUCCCUUGGGAUCUCAGAGGUUGGUAGAGAGUCACCAGCAGGCCCCCAGCCAGGGUGAAUCAGGACCGCUGGUGCAUUACCUGCCUGGCAGGGUCACUCUGCGCCGAAUGCCCAGCCUCACCAGCUGCAGCAGCAUCGACGUCCAAGCCGCUCCGCCUCACUCAUCUGCUGCCGGCCACGGAGCGCCCUCUGCUUCCGCUUGCCACACGCUCCCCAUCCUCUACCACCACACCACCUCCUCUUACAUCCUCCAGAUGGAUGCCCUGCCCAACCUGCCCCCUCCUGACGUCACCUCCGGGACGCACUGUCAGAUGGAGAGCUUGGGGGACCUGGCCCACUCUGACUCGGACUCCUCCAUCCCGCACCUGAGUGACCACCAGCGGGCGGCCACUUCCGCACCCAAGCUGCGCCCCGCCCUGCUGAGCAAGCCGGCCGAGGAGCAGCACCCCAAGGAGCCAGUCGAGUCCGAGAGCCCCCUGACGAUGAAGAAGGUGCCGGUGCUCAACCACCACGGGCUGGAGAAAGCGGCCAGCCUGGCGGAGCUUGGCCCUAGGGGCGCCCGCUCGGGGGACUCCUCCCGCUCACACAGCCCUAGCUCCACUGAGCCCGACACGCCCUCACCGCCCGCUGAUGGCCGCCCCGCACUGGCUCUCCUGGCCAGCAAGGCCAACAGCCGCAUCCCGCACCUGGCCGCCAAGAAGGUGGCGGGUGAGGAGGACAGCGGCUCCACCGGUGAGGAGACCGACUCGGGCCCAGGCAAGAAGAAGUUCCCGCUCAAGAUGUUCAAGAAGCCCCGGAAGUAGCUGCGGGAUGUGGGGGGCGGGCAAGCCACCCACCGCCAGACCAGAUCUGCCCCACCGCAGCCUGGGAGCCCCGCUGCCUGCCCGACGAUGCUCUUUGCUGGGGGCCUCCUGUGGCCGGAGCACCCCUGCUUGACUGCGCAUGGCUUGUACCCGCCACCCCUUUCUGCCCACUGCUGUCCUCUGCGUGGCAGGAGUGGGAGAACUCCGGCAGGGUGCCCCUGGACUGCAGCCUUCCCUCGGGAGCAGAGCCGAAGCUUCGCGGCCCUUGUGGCUGGACUCGGGCGGUGCGGCCGGGGCAGAGGAAGGCGACGCUUUGGGCUCCUUGCCGCUCCUCCCCACUCUCGGGCUGGACGGAGCAGCCGUGGGGCCGCCACGCAGGAGGCUGUCUCGGGGCAAGGAAGAAGGUAGCCACCCGGCCAGCAAGGCUGCAGGGUGGCUGCCAAGGCAGGGACGGAGGCAGCUUCUCCAGGCCGGCCGGCUGCUUUUCCUUAAGGGCCGUUUCAUAAAACUGUUUUGAAUCUAAUAAAGCAUGUAGACUAUUUUAAUAAGCUCAA